AAGGAGGACACCCAGCAGCCCUGCUUCUGUUUGUGGGACAGAAAUUAAUCUGAGGGAAAGACCAUACAUGUGCUGCUGUUACAUAAUGUCAUCUAUCUCACGAGCAAGUGUCCAGAACAAACACAGGAACAGAAGGUCAGAGACCAUAUAGAGGGAGCCCAAAGACAGAUACAGUAUAGGAGUGUGUGUGUGUGUGUACGCGCAAUGACAAGGGAAAGCAAAUGAUGAUAAGAGAUGUGAGCAUGAGGACAAGAAGACGCUGAGAGAGGAACUGAGCAUUAUCUGUUGCUGAUAGUGGAAAAGGUAUGUUAGAGUGUCUGUAGCAGAAAGUCACACAGGAUACAGUGCAGAGGAACGUAAGUAAGAAAGAUACGCACAGACUGUGUGCCUCAAAAGAAACGACUACAACUGUGGAACACUGGGAAAUAAUAAGUGUGACUUACAAAGCUUUAUAUGAGGAAAGAAAAAGCUCUCUGUCUCAUGCUCACACGCUCGCACAAUCACACUCACUAAGCUGCGGUUUGAUAACUCUUAUCAGCAGUGGCCACAAAACACACAAGUAGAACAGGACCGUAUAUUUUAUGGCCCUUUUCCUUUUAACACACUUUGAGAACUCACACAUUUUCCCCCAGUGAGGACGAGAUACAUUUCUUUAAAUUGUUUAUCUUGUAUCAGUGUAGCUGUAUAAAGAUAAAGACACACUUGUGAGUGUUGCGAUCGACAGAGACACACUUCACCACUUUGCUCCGUGCCUGCAGCUCUGAGGCUGAACUUCGACCUCAUGAUGUAACAGCUUGGCCCAAUUUCCUAUUGAGUGUGUGUGUGUGUUUGGAUUUGGGGGAAGGGUCAGCAAGUGUAAACCUUGACCAUUUUCCCAGUCACAUAAGGGAAGGAGAGAUAAGAGUAGGGUUAAGUGUUUUUAUUUCAGGCAAUUCUGCCACGAAAAUAAGAACAACAGCUCACGAUUAGUCACAGGCAGGAAACGUCAUGAAUUUUUGAACUUAACAAAACAAACAUUCGAUGAACUUUACGUAUAAUUCAAAUGAAAAACUGGCUCAGAUGAACUUAACAUGCCACAGACUGGAUAAGAGUCAGUUUGGGCUUCUAGAGGUGAAGUGUGUAAUUUUUAGGGGGAAUUGGAAUUGUCGGCCAGAAUUCCUUCAGUGUUUAAGUUUUAGCGGGUGCAGAAUUAUCCACAGACGUCUCUUCUUCUUCAGAACAAACCAACCAGAUGAUUAGAAUUGCUAAAAACACUGGAUAAAGCAGUUUAACGUUACAAAUCAGUGCUUAUUCUGACACUAUUCGGCACCUUGGGGCUCAUCCACAACAUGCUGUUUGUUUUGUGAUCCAGACGUUCAGGGGUCAGGGUCAAAAACAGAAUAACACAGUUUCAUGUUACAAAUCAAUGUAUUUUCGACAGACUUUGGCACGUAGCUACGGACAGCUAGUCCAACACAUGCUAAUGUGCAGUCACCUUUUUGCUGAUAACAUAAGAUCCUAACGUUCAGAAGGUUUUCACCGGAGGCCAAAUUAUCCACAAAGGAAUCUUACUCUCUAAACGAAUGGACCAGGUUAUUUAAACCACUAGAAACAUGGUAUAAAGCAGUUUCACAUAUCAGUGUAACUCCGGUGCUAAUCACUACGGAGACUGAUGUGAAAACAUGACGUUAUACUGUGUGUGAAAUCUGUUGUUACUUACAAGUAAAAUAUUAACACGUUCGUUGUUGUUUUUUGCUGUGACUGAAAAGAUGAGAGCAUUAAAGGUUUCAUGUGUGUCAUAGAAAUGAAAGUUUUAAAGACAAAGCAUGUACAACUGGUGCAUUUUAAGGCUUUAAAGGCAUGAAAUGGAAUAUAGUAAGUAUGUUUCCCUUAGUGUAUAAUCAAAUGAAAAUAAGAAUCGUUGCGUUUUUGUUACCGUAGAAUGAGCCGAUUGUAUCUACAUAGGCAGCAGGUCCUUAUCUGUGGAGAUGAGUUGCACCACCAUGUUUCUACAGUAGUCCAGAACGGACACACUAAACUCUGGCUCUAGAUAGGUCCUUUUGCAUUUUUGUGUCGGCCACUGUAGUUAAGAGCCCCUCUGUGACGAGAGCAUCGUAAAAACACUGAAUCUUUUUUAACAGUUUAGAUCAUUGGGCCAAUUUGUUUAGGUGAGGAGUAGUCUCGCUCACCAGACCUUUCUCAAUAAAAGAAAGGUCUGGCUGGGCCGACUCUCACUUUAAGAUUGGAGGAAAAAACACCCCGGCUUUUUUUUAUUUCUUUCAACCAAUCACAAUCAUUCUUGGCGGUGCCAGCAAUGGUGCGCUUGCAAAAAUAUUGCCGGGGGGAAACAGGUUUUGGUGUAACAUGCCCACAAAAAUAUCGCUUACAGGACGCGAACCAUGGCAGAAAAAUGGCUACAUCCCCGCAAGAUCAAACACUGCAAAAGUUAGUAAAGGACGUGUUGAAAACUGAUACACAACCAGAGGUGGUAGGGCGGGACUUCAGCGGGUGGUUCGUCCGAGUCCGACGUGCUAAAUAGCAUCACAGAAACAGAUUUGUUACAUGAAACUGCUUUAUUCAGUCUUUUUACUGGUUUUAAUCACCUAGUCCGUUUGUCUUGGAGAGGAAGAGACCUCUACGGAUAAUUCGGCUUGUGGUAAAAACCUCCCAAACACUGAAGGAAUUCGAACCAGGAGAAGUUUCAGCUGGUUGCAAUCUGCAAUCCUCACCACUAGAUGUCACUAAACCCCCUGAAUCUAACACACUGUUCCUUCAAGUGUUACAGAUAUGUUGAUUGUUGAAGCACUGACACUAGAAAAAACAUGCCUUUUAAUUUGUCCUGCAUUACAUGUGAUGAAGCGCAGUUUCAUUCUUGAAAGUUUAACAUAAUUUUAUUAACUUUAAUACUUGUCAAAAUGAGUUCAACUCUUCUAUCUCAGAGCCCACAUUUGGGAUGUUACAACUCAACCUACAACUGAACCUAAUAUUUUCUUUUCAGGCAGUGGCUUUGGUAAAAAAGGCAAAGAGCUGAGUACAGAGCGAGAUUUCUUCAUGAGGAUGAAAUGCACGGUGACCAACAGAGGACGCACCGUCAACCUCAAGUCAGCCAGCUGGAAGGUGCUGCAUUGCACCGGUCACCUGAAGAUGUACAACAGCUGCCCUCCGCGAGUGCUGUGCGGCUUCAAAGAGCCUCCGCUCACCUGCGCUGUCCUGAUGUGUGAACCCAUCGCACACCCAUCAAACAUCGACAUACCGCUGGACAGCAAGACCUUCCUGAGCAGGCACAGCAUGGACAUGAAGUUCACCUACUGUGACGAGAGGGUAACAGAGUUGAUGGGUUACACUCCUGAGGAUCUGCUGGGUCGUUCAGUCUACGACUUUUACCACGCCCUGGACUCAGACAGCGUCACAAAGAGCCACCACAACUUGUGUUCCAAGGGUCAGGCCGUGAGCAGUCAGUACCGCAUGCUGGCCAAGAACGGAGGCUACGUCUGGGUCGAAACGCAAGGAACUGUUAUUUAUAACAGCCGCAACUCCCAGCCACAGUGCAUCGUGUGCAUAAACUACGUCCUCAGUGACAUUGAGGAGAAGUCGAUGAUUUUCUCCCUGAAGCAGACAGAGUCCCUGUUCAAGCCGCGCCACAUGAGCAGCUUCUUCACUGCUGGAGGUGCAGGUGUGACUGAGCCAGGAGAAGCCCUCUUCACCAAACUCAAAGAGGAGCCGGAGGAUCUCGCCCAGCUGGCUCCGACACCUGGAGACACAAUCAUCAGUCUUGACUUCGAUCACCCUCAGUUUGAGGAGCCCCAGCAGCCAGCAGGAUACACCCAGGCUUCCUCUGCAGCCAUGCCCCCUCCAGGGCCUCCAUCAUGGGCCAGUGAGAGCCACAAGCCUGCUCCUGCGACAUCAGCUCCAAGAGACAUGACUAAUAUGGCUGGUACAUUUACCGUGCAGCAGAACCCGCCGCCCGGCAGCGCCACGCCAAGCCUCAGCAGCUGCUCCACGCCCAGCAGCCCAGGUGAUUACUACAGCUCAGUGGAGAACGAACUGAAGGUGGAGCUGACUGAGAAGCUGUUUGCUCUGGACACAGAUGGCAACAACAGUCCUGCAAACGCUGAGAGGGACUUGAGUGACCUCGACCUGGAGACCUUAGCUCCUUACAUCCAGAUGGACGGUGAGGACUUCCAGCUGAAUCCCAUCAUCCCAGAGUCUGAGUCCCUGGAGGGAGGUUCAACAGGAUCCAUGGGGAGCAACAGCAGCCUGUCCCAAACACACCAGGCCAACCCAAAGAGCUUCAGCAACAUCACCAGCCUCUUCCAGCCCCUGUCCUCUCCUCAGCACCAAGGCCACUUCCGGCACCAGCAAGCUGCGUCCUGGGGUGCAGGGGAGAAGAGAGGCUCCAACCAGGGGACCUCAGACCCUCGUUUCAUGACGGGGCAAGUGCACAGUCCUCCCUCAACAGGCUCCAGCUGGCGUCCAUCUGCCCUGGAAGGGUGGCAGAAUCUGCACUGGCCACCAGACCCUCUGUUAACCUACCAACAACAACCACGAGCCACCAAGGCCUGCCUGAUGGACACUUUGUCAGGAGAGGAGCGCCCGUCAUGCCAACAGAACAUGUCACACCUUAUGCAGAAACAGAGGUCCAUUGACAAUUUUGUACAAGUCUACAGGGACAUGAGUCCAGCCAGAGUGGCCAUGGCCAACAGCAUCAAACGCUCCUUCAACCAGAUGGUUGUGGGUGAAAGCACGCCCCCAGAAAUCAUAUGGAAGAAGAUGAGGGGUGACAGUUGCGCGGCCAUGGAUCGCUCCCUCAGUGCGGGAUCACUGGCAGUGUCAGAUAUGGGCAGGAUGAUGCCAGGCAGCAUGACCUCGUGUCUCAGCUCUCUGCAGCAACACAGAAAGUCUCAGUAUCCUGGAAACGGGACAAAUGAGAAGCCCUUUUCUCAAAAGAGCUGCAGCUACACAGAGUAUAACAUGCUGCCUUCCAACAAGAAGGGUGAAGGCAUUGCUAGUCGCUUGCUGGGCCCUUCCUUUGAGGCCACCUUUCUGCCAGAGUUGACCCGUUACGACUGCGAGGUAAACGUCCCGCUACAGGGCAGCCUGCACCUCCUUCAGGGCUGUGACCUGCUGCGAGCCCUGGACCAGGCCACCUAAAGCCCCAGACUCAAAUCUGCCAUUGACCCAGACUUAAUCCCAACCCUAAGCCUCAACCUGCAGCCUGAGACAUAAAGUAAUACUCUCGAAGAUUUUCAUUUCAAUAAGUGUCUGUUAGGUCACUAUCUGUCGCUGAAUGAGGCGGUGGUGACUGAGCCUGUGGCCCAGUGAUGAAAGCCCUUGCUUUUGCAGUAUUACAAACAGGGUGUAUGUGGCAACAUUCCCAGAAGAAUUCACAAGCCGCACAAAGUCAUUAAUAAUCCACUCACAAAUACUCAGAAACAUAUAAACACACACCGUCUCGGCUGUGUUAACCCCUUCAUCUCACCAGCUGCAGAGCUCACAAAACGAGCCGAUAUAGAAUAAUUCACCAGCCUGGUUUCAAGCCUGAGUCUGCCAACAAACACACUGCAGUUACUGCCUAUCACCAUGGGUGCCGCCAAAGACAACGCAGUGAUGAUCUUCGAGAUUGUAACUUUAAGCCUUUCUUUACCUUCGUACCUCUGGGCCUCCUGAGAGCCCUGAGGCUAAGCUACCUAUGGGGAUUGGUAUUCAUGACCACAUUCUGUUGCUGAGAUAUCAGGGUCAAGCCACUUAAACCCCUUUUUCCCCUCAACUCAAAUGAGAUGCAGGUCGAACAACAGUGUACAACCCUGCAUUGAGCCGACCACACAUAUAUAACAUGGGUCACUCUGAGGAAAAAAAAAAGGUCAACGGGGGACAAUUAACUGAGUAAAAAUGAUGCAACACUGUCAAAAACACACCCUGACUUAUUGCAGAGCACUGGGUUUGGUGUAAACGCUCUGUGUUCCCGGGCCUUUGGUAAAAGGGGCAUUAGUGGCAUGGGAUCCAAUCCUACAACCUGUGUCUUAUCCAGGCCCGGUCUCUGCCACAGACCUACACCCUGAUAUGAACUCUAUGCAGCUCAGUUCCCAGACCUACCUUCUCUUUAUUAGCUAAAUCAUUUGGCUCCGAGGAGAAGUACUAUCUACCUAGACACUGUGUUCUUUCACUUUGUGUAUCUGACCAGCAAUUAGACCCAGCCCACUUUCCUAGUCCCAGUCUAAGCCUCAAGCAAAAGUUGGGUAUCAUGAACUGGUUCUGAACCAAGAAUUCUUUACAAAGCAUGCUCUUUGAUUCUGCUUGUUGAAUCCCCCCCAAAAAAGACGACUUAAAAGACACCGCUCCCAAAUCACAUAAUGCUAGCUUAGGACAUCUAAUGUGUAAAUGGCAAUAUUAUGACAGCGUAUUAGGGUAAUACUAAUAAUAAAAAUGUGAUAAUUUCAAAAUUAAAGCUACAUGUGCCAUAUUUGCUCAAACAGUUACUAUAUCUUGACAGUAGUACGCAAGACAGAAAGUCUCCUAACACCCAGUCAGAGCCAGGUGGAGUCCCUAAUGCAGUGUCAGUUACAGCUCGUACAAACGCUCAAAGCCAAAAACAGUGUACAUAACACAGACAAGAAGACAAAAGAGGACUUGUGAAAGUGAGAGCAAGCUUUUCACCCGUCGUCUUCUGUUUUCUUGUCUUUGUCGUGUGCGUUGUUGUUGUUGGCUUUGAGCGUUUGCACGAGCAACGAUUGACACUGCAUUAGGGACUCCACCUGGCUCUGAUUGGUUGUCGUCAUUCAGGUGCGCUGUUGUUGUACCACAUAGACAAUAUUUCUUUUUUUAAAUCAUAAAACACUUAAUUAUAAUGGAGAGUCAUCUUAAGAUAGGUGUUUUUCUUUCAGUUCAUUCUCAAAAACACCUGAGAAUUUGCAUUAAUAAGUAGAAUCAGAAGACAAAUGAUACCUAACUCUGCUGGAGCCUUCUCCACAUGUACAGACAGACACACCUCUACAAUCAUCUACCUGCCUCUCUGCCUGAAUCCAUCCCACCUGAGUCACUAUGACAUCCUCACCUGCUCUGUUUGUUCAUUCUCACAACUGGUGCACAGCAGCAUUACUUCAGUUUGGGUCAAAAUUAAUGCAUUUUAUUUUAGUUCUUAUAAUUUGUCUUUUUUUCUGUUAUGAGACAUUUUAGCUUUCAUCAGAUCUCCCCACGUUAUUUAAUCCAAAUCGAUGGGAUACUUUACAAUAUCAGCUUUGUUUCUCAUUUAUUUUUUAUGUUCUUACUCUACCUACAAGACUCUUAUUUUUUUGUGUCUCGCUCACAGACACACUAAUAAACAUAUAUUGCAAUACAUGUAGUCUACUGUAAGUUGAAUAUUGUUAAGUUUUGUUUUUCCUUUUUUUGUCUAUUUUCUCUCCUUAAAUCUGAUUUAUCUAAACUUGUUCCUCUCACGCUUUCUCGGUCAGGUAACUAGCGCCAAGUGAUGACAGGGUUUUUCUUAUUGUGCAAUUAUUUCAUUAAGCUCGUUAUAGCCAGCAACAUAGCUCGCCUCAUCAUCAAACUGAUAGCUUGUACAAAUGAUCUGACUUACAUAUUUGUAGGCUUACACACUUCAUGCGAUGUGACUUGGAAGUGGAGUGUACGUGUUAUUCUUCAUGAUUAGGACGAGGCCAGUUUUUCUUGUAAGUGUUGACACGGAGCGGCUGCCCAUAUUAGAAAGCUUUGAUACAGAAUAUUAUUAGUCGACCUAAUACACAAUGAACUAGGAGCCAGGUCAGAGUUCUUAUUUUCAACCUGUAGACUGUAGUUUUCACCCAACUGAUGUCAGUGAUCGCAUCGACAGAAUGCGUUGUAUAAAAACAAGCUUUCCUCUCCUUUCCUGUACUCAAAGUAUUUUUCUUAUUCUCACUAUUUUUUUGAGGUAAUCGUCUUCGUGUGGUGACCACUUUAAGAGUAUGAAUUAUAGAGCUUUGUCACAUCUACGUUACGUAUUUAAAAAGACAAAACUAAUGUUGAAGAUAGUGUUUUUAGUGUUUAUGUGUUCUGGUACUUUGUCCUUAUCUACGCCUGUAGAUGCAGAUGGAUCAGAUCUCUCGCAGUGCUGUUUCCUCUCGUGCUGUUUCUGUGUUGUGGCAUUUUGUUCUGUUAUUUUUUUUCCUCCAGAGUUUUAUUCUUAAAUAUCCCUAAAAUAUCUAUUGAAUCUUUUGGCUGGGCAGUACUGUUUUUGUUCUUGCUUUAAAACUAAAAGAUAACAGGAAAAAAAAAAGAGUUCAGAUUAAAGAUGAAUAUCAGUUUCACUUUUCAGAUAUGUAGCAUUUUGAAUAUUGUAAAGAAGGUAAAGUUGCCACAUAAUUAAUCACAUAGUUUUCAAGUUGCAUAUAUAAAAGCAAUGGUGCUUUAUAGACCAUGUAUGUGUCAUUUUUAGAACCUGUAUUACAUCUCUUGGAUCCACUAACACUAUAUUUUGAUGUUCUCUGUUUUAUGUUGUGCUGAAAGUUUCUUUAAAGUUUAUUUUAAUUCGUAUAAAUGUGCCUUACGGUUGUCUCAUCACAUACUGAGUUUGCCCUUCAAGUGCACAGUGUGUUUCCUGCGACCCUGUAGAUGACGUCCUCUGAACUCUGGGGGCUGUUACUGAAUAAAACCCUAACUUGACACUGGAUUUUAACACCUUAACUGUGUCUCUCGGCAUUUGUCAUUUAAAGGGAUAGUUCAGAUUUUUUGAAAUGGGGUUCUGUGGGGUACUUACCCAUAGUCAGUGUAUUACACACAGUAGAUAUCAGUUAGCACGCUCUUAGUUGUGCAGGGGCCAGCAACAAAACAUAUUGUAGCCACCUAAAAAAAGUCCCACCUAAAAAGAAAAACAUCAAUGUCAGUUAAGUGUCCACUAUAUUGAGAGUGUUUUCACUGCUUGUUUCAACGGAGGUGCUGUCAACGGCUUCAGUUCCCCAUCUUUGCUCUGGUUAAAGCCACCAACCUCUUCGUGAAUCCAAACUAACCAUGUCAAAUGCCAAAUUCACACAAUAACACAUACAAGCUAACUGAUGGAGGCAGCAGUAGACCAGCAGCUCCUGUGUGCAGCGAUGUUAAAUCACAGUUUUUCUCAAUGGAGUCUGGCUUUGAAGACAGCUUCAUUACGGCUUCAUUUUCCAGUUGAAAAUCACUGUCUGACAUUAGGGUGAAGCAGUGAGAAUACUCUCAAGAAAACAUACACUUAACCUGAUGCUGAUUAUUUAGAUGGAACUUUUUUAAGUGGCUAAACCCCUUCUACUGUUUGUAAUAUACUCUCUAUGGAAAAGUACCCCGUACAACCUCACUUCAACAAAUCUGAACUAUCCCUUUAACAACCAGCUGGCAGAGCCUGAUAUUAAUGUGAAACUACAGUAGAAGCUUUGCAUUUGUUGGGUCCACUUGCCUUUUGUAGUCAGUGUCACAGUUGGGAUGAUUUUCACAACAACCCCUCAGGGUCUGUAGCCAACAGCUCCUUCAUAGCCUCCUCUGAUCGAUCAUUUAGAUCCAGACAGAACAGCAGCCUAGUCAGGAAAUAUAAAAUAGAAACCUUUUAGAUUAAAGUAGAACCCACUGUAGACCCCCUGGUGAUGACGAGUCAAAAUUAUUAAAAGGUUUUUAAGGAUGUGGAUUCCCCAGCUCAUCGCAUGACCUGACUGUCUGUCGAUGAAGCUGCUUGUAGGUGUUUUAGGUUUAGCUGAAAAAGAUCUGACUGGACAGUGAAAGUUCUCCUGUGCGGGUCAGAGGGGACAGCAGUGUCCCACAGAGUUAGUGCCUUGCUUUUGCAGACGCACAAAGAAAAUUCGCCUGAGUUUUAGUUCGAUAAAUAGUGGCUCAACAUGCUGCACGGCCUGCCUUAAAAACAUGUGCACAGAAGCUUUAAAAUUUAAAAUUUGACAAACAAUCUUUUUUUUUUUUAAGGUUUUGGCCAUUCGUUCCUACUCAGUUACUGAGAGCACAGGAAUGGAGUUCAUUAGAGCAACAUGAUAAUUCAGAUGUUUCGAAGGGUGAGAACCAAAUCUGCUGUUUAAAUAAAUCCCAGCAUCAGAAGUGAAAGGAUGGUGCAAAGCUGUCUGGUAGCAAAAUUGGUAACCAAAAUGUUAUAAGUGAUGAUAAUACUGUCCAAAUGUAUGAAAAUAAAACCCAGAUUUUAAAGAGAUUAAAUGUUAACUACAAACAAACCAGCUAAGCAACCCAAUCAACAGAGAAAAAUGUUGGUUUUGUACGUUUCUGCACACCACUGUUAUCUUACAUUUGCUCAUUGUUACGUAGCAGAUCCGUUGAAACUUUACACUUCAACAGCGCUUUGUUAACAUGGCAAGGUGUAGGCACAAAAACAACUGGUUAAGGUUAGGAAAAGAUCAUGUUCUGGCUUAAAACACCCAGUUUUGGUGCCACAAACCCCGCUGGAAACAACCACUUACUGUGCUUCUGUCCCGGCAGGAAAAGCAGCAAAUGUGACAUAUUCUUGAUUUGCAGAAACGUACAAUGCCAACAUUUUCCUCUAGCGACUGAGCUGAGCAAAGCCACAUGAGGUUUAAUCAGACUGGAGAUUGUUACGAUCCUGAGAGAGGAUGCGGGCACAGAAACAGUUUGAACAGUUACAGAGAUGUGAAAAGACAAGAUGUCGAGUAGAGUGACAUUAAAAGGGAGAUACAUCCUGCUCAGCCUGCCCACUGACGCAUAUCUCUCAACUCCUCCACUCAACAUCUACCUCAUCUGUUUCUGCUGCCACUCCUUCUCUCUCUGCACUUUAAUCUAAGACUUGAAAGCCAAAUUUUGUUUCCUCUCCUUAUAUGUGAGCGUUACUUGACACAAGAGGGCAUUUUUAACAUUGCUAACAUUGGAAGUUCUUCCUGCACAUUGAGCUAUUCCUAUUUAAAUGAUUAUUUAUAGUAUUUAAAGACUUAAAAUUUAUUUUUGCUCUGUAUUUUAAUCAAUCAUAAAAAUCAAACUUAGAUUAGGUUUCCCAGAAAAGCACCUUAAAGCAUGUUCAAAGUUUUAAAUCAUUAUUAUUUUCAUUAUUUUUUUGGAGACCAAAGAGGUUUUAGGACGACAAUAAAUGUUCUGAAACUUGCACAUGGAAGAAGAUCAGCACCUCAGAUGGACUUUUCAGCAACUGAUGAGAUUUGAACUAAACUGUGUUAAUGUAUGUGAACAGAGUUGGCCAGAUGGAAGUUGACUUAAAUCAAUCUAGGCAGAGGUGAAGUCCCGCUCCCGUUUUACGAUAGCUUCUGCUGCACAAGCUUCAGCCAGACAAUCUAAAGUUGAUUAAAAAUGUGUAUAGCUAGUCAUUUUAACCACGACAAAACAUUUACUGUAUUUUUAGCAUUCACAAACUACACCUCUCUGAGUCUUAAAGCUUCUUAGGAGGUAUAGUUUUAUAUCUGAACAGAGGAACAGGUGUCAGCUAUUUAGAAAGACAGAAUAACUCGAAGAGAGACUGCUAUCCAAAAAUGGGCGGGGCUUCACUUCUCUAUUUAAACCUCAGAAGGCUUAUCACCAGUCCUAGUGCUCAACACACUGUGCUGCUUGAAGGGUUCCCCCCCCCCCCAAAACAAAAAUGGCAAAACACGUCAGAGUUAAUCCAUUCAUUGCACUUCCUCUUUAAAGACAAUAUCAGCAUUUUUUCUUCUGUCUCGUGUGACAACAGGGUUUUUGUUUUUCCUUAUGGGAUCCAUGUUGAGCUACGUGUAUUCUGUUUUUGUCCAUGUCAUACAGUACAGUUAUAUUAGCGGAUUCUGCAUUUUUUUUAAUAUGCUAAAAAAUUCAUAUUGAUCUUAUUAUUAUCAUAUAUUGUUAUCAUUGUUAUUACUAUAUGGGGAAUUUAACCCGAUAAGAAGUUUGUGUUUCUGCACUGAUAUCUUAUUAUUAAACCAUACUGAUCUUACCCUC